AUGGAAAGCCCAUUGCAGUUGCAGAACGAGUUCUAUCCCGACCAGCAGCCACAGCAGCAGCAGCAGCAGCAGCUCCAGCACUGUAAGUACCAGCAUUACUGCGGUCGCCCAGAACUCCCCUCCGCCAACCACCAGCAGGAGCGGGGCUGUACCUGCGACAACUCUGCCUGCGAUGCUGCGCGAAAAAGCCUCGUUUCUCACGGGACGUCACCGACCCCUCACGGAACUUUAAGGACGCCGUCCAUAUCGUCCUCGAGACAAGGCUGUCAGUUUAGCGCGUACGAGUUCACGCCCUCUAGUCAUGGUAGUUCAUCCAGACAUCAUCAUCAUCAUCGCCAGCAGCAGCAUCAGCAGCAGCAGUGCCACAGCGGCCAGCGGGGCAGCCCGGCCAGCAGCCGCAGAGAGAGUAACUCCUAUAAGCAAAUAGCCAUGAGCAGCUGCAGGUACAACGGCGGCGUCAUGCGCCCGUUGAGCAACUUGAGCUCGUCCCGAAGAAACAUACACGAGUUUGAUUCAGAGUCCCAGCCGCUGCAGCCCAUCUCCACUGCGGAUGCGUCGGACACCCUCGCCGCUAAACCGGAGAACAACUCGACCACCCUAAUGCCUUACGCGUCGGGAGAUAGAGGUGGAGGAGGGGGCCACGACAGUGGCGGAGGAGGAGGCAAGGAAAAGGGCAAAAAGAAAAACCAGAAUAUCGGGCAGAAGCUCGGACACAGAAGGGCCUUAUUUGAGAAGAGGAAACGGCUCAGCGACUACGCGCUGAUCUUUGGGAUGUUUGGGAUCGUUGUUAUGGUCAUAGAAACGGAACUGUCAUGGGGGGCAUAUGGGAAGGAGUCCUUGUAUUCAUUAGCACUGAAAUGCCUCAUCAGUCUCUCCACCAUCAUCCUCCUGGGACUGAUCAUCAUCUACCACGCCAGGGAAAUCCAGCUGUUCAUGGUGGACAACGCGGCGGACGACUGGCGGAUAGCCAUGACGUACGAGCGCAUCUUCUUCAUCUGCCUGGAGAUCCUGGUGUGUGCCAUCCACCCCAUCCCCGGCAACUACACCUUCACCUGGACGGCGCGCCUGGCCUUCACCUACACGCCGUCCAAGGCCAACGCGGACGUGGACAUCAUCCUCUCCAUCCCCAUGUUCCUGCGGCUCUACCUGAUCGCCCGCGUCAUGCUGCUGCACUCCAAGCUCUUCACGGACGCCUCCUCGCGCAGCAUCGGCGCCCUCAACAAGAUCAACUUCAACACGCGCUUUGUCAUGAAGACACUCAUGACCAUCUGCCCCGGCACUGUGCUGCUGGUCUUCACCAUUUCCCUGUGGAUCAUCGCCGCCUGGACCGUGCGCGCUUGUGAGAGGUACCAUGACGACAUGGACGUGACCAGUAACUUCCUGGGUGCGAUGUGGUUAAUCUCCAUCACCUUCCUGACAAUCGGUUACGGGGACAUGGUGCCCAACACCUACUGCGGGAAGGGGGUCUGUCUCCUCACUGGCAUUAUGGGGGCUGGAUGCACUGCCCUGGUGGUGGCAGUGGUUGCAAAAAAGUUGGAACUUACCAAAGCUGAAAAACAUGUACAUAACUUUAUGAUGGACACCCAGCUCACCAAAAGAGUUAAAAACACAGCUGCGAAUGUUCUCAGGGAGACCUGGCUGAUCUAUAAGAACACCAAGUUGGUGCGCAAGAUGGACCACGCCAGGGUCCGCAAGCACCAGAGGAAAUUCCUCCAAGCCAUUCACCAAGCUCGAAAACUGAGGAGUGUUAAGAUGGAGCAGCGGAAGCUGAAUGACCAGGCUAACUCCCUAGUGGACCUCGCCAAGACGCAGAACAUCAUGUACGAGCUCAUCUCGGACCUGAACGAGCGUGGCGAGGACAUGGAGAAGCGCAUCGCCCUCCUGGAGACCAAGCUGGAGACGUUGCUGGGCAACCUGCAGGCGUUGCCGGGGCUGAUCUCGCAGCUAAUCUCGCAGCAGCAUCGGGACUUCCUAGAGGUGCAGCUUCAGCCCUACGACAAACAUACGCACAGCCCCGACCGCUCGCAGUCCGUCUCGCGCCGACGCUCCAGCUCCACAGCGCCCCCCACCUCCUCGGAGAGCAGCUAGGUACCGCC